ACUCCAACGUGUAACUGUCGUUUUGGGGAGGUCAGUACCAUGUUCCUUCCUCUCCUACCACUGGAUUUCCUGUGAGAAGAUCAUGAAUAUUCAUCAGGUGACUAUUCAUGUAGACUGAUGCAGUGCAUGUCACAAUGAAUGAAGGAAGCAUGCAUUAUUCAUGUGGAGUGAUUUGAUUGGAUAAUGCUGUGAUGUCAUAGAACUUUUCUCAGGGAUUGAGAAACCUCAUUGGUCCAACAAGCCUUCUCCCUGUGAAUAUGUAUGAGAAGACAGAUAUUUUGAUAGGUUGGCUGUAAACAUGAUCUUACCAAUUGGAUUGAUAGAUAUUGAUUAUGGACAAUUGUGCAAUAUAUGGGUGAAAAUUUGACAGACUCUUCUGUAUAGUUUUAAAAAUGAUAUUGCACAUAUAAGAGAUAAAUAGUCUUGUCUCCUGCCACAGACUUAAUGUUCUGUAGUAACCUUCUUUUUGUGAAAGAGAUAGGAAGUCUCCGAUCACCUGGUGUUUCGUAGGUAAAGACUACAGGAACCAGUUUUGAAACCAAACAUGAUUUAGACACGCCAACAUUAACCAAUCACAACUCUUGCACCAGGACAGCCCAAGAGGAAGUCGUUUGUACAGCACGCUCGUUUUGGCGGUUGAUCUUGUUUGAGUAUAUAGUCAUCAACUCUCCUGCAGACCUUAUCAGUCUGCUACACAUCCCUGACUGGUGGAACAUACAACUUUUCUGCUCUUAGCAACUCAAUGGUCAGCUCUUUGUGAUUUAGGUGUAGACUGCCAAUCAAAAGGAAAAGAUUUCUUGAUUGAGGAUCUGUUACUUUUAUCAAUUUUCUUGGAGUUUUGAGGCUUUUCUAUAAUCACCAUGCCAAUCCUUAUCCCGACAAUCUUGACGAUGCCCAAGUCUACCAGACGAGGCAGGUUUAUUAAACCUCUUCCAGUCCAGAUAGAUGGACCUACGUGUAAUCACAAACAUCUUGGCAAAUUGCCCUACUGUAAGUCUUGCUCACCCUUUGGCAAAGCGGAGACAUACAAGAAGAUCUGUCCGCUGGGAGAAGGCUCAUAUGCCAAAGUUUACAAAGCUGUUAGCAGUGUAAAUCAGCAAGUGGUUGCAUUGAAAGAGAUCAGACUACAGCAGGAUGAGGGAACACCAUUCACUGCUAUACGUGAAGCAUCGCUCCUCAAGGAUCUUAAACACGCUAAUAUAGUUUGUCUUCAUGAUAUCAUUCACACAAAGACGACGCUAUCAUUUGUCUUUGAGUAUGUGCAUACGGACCUGAGUACAUAUCUAGAGAGACACCCUGGAGGCUUGAACCCAUCAAACGUGAAGCUGUUUCUAUAUCAACUCAUCAGAGGGCUGUCCUACUGUCACAAGAGAAAGAUUCUCCACCGAGACCUCAAGCCACAGAACCUUCUCAUCAGCGAAGCAGGGGAACUCAAACUGGCUGAUUUUGGCCUUGCUCGAGCCAAGUCAAUACCAAGCAGGACUUACUCACAUGAAGUGGUGACGCUAUGGUACAGACCACCCGAUGUUCUAAUGGGCUCAACAGACUACUCAACACAACUAGAUAUCUGGGGUGUUGGAUGUAUCUUUCUUGAGAUGAUGUGGGGUCAACCAGCCUUUCCUGGUCUCAAGGAUUCAAAUGAUCAGCUAGAAAAGAUCUUCAAGGUUUUAGGAACACCAACAGAACAGACAUGGCAUGGAGUAUCAAAACUACCAAACUACAGCAAGGUUGUUACAGCGGGUAGAUUCUACAAACCAAAGCUCUUAUGUGAAGUUGUACCAAACAUACUCCUUGUACCUGGUGCAGAAAGCCUUCUUACUGAUAUGUUACAGUUAGAACCAAGGAAAAGGAUAUCAACAGUGCAAGCAAUGAGUAGCCAAUACUUCAAAGAUCUUCCACCAAAGAUCUUUGACCUCCCUCAUGGUGCUUCUGUUUUCAAUGUGCCUGGAAUAAAACUAGAGCCAGAGAAGAACACAGUUUCCAAGUGAGCGGUAGAACAGAUAUCCCAAAUAAAUCUCAAUCCAGAGAUAAUCUUGGACCAAUCAGAGGGCAGCUUUUAUCACCGAGAUAGAAUGCCACAUGAUGUCAUUUGAGGCAAGACAGAAGAGGCCAAUGCAAGAAGCAUACUGAUUGGCUGUUAAAUGUGCUUUCACAUACCCAGUGGUUGAGGCAAUAUUGGUGGUGGUAUAUGUGACGUAGGCUAAGAAGCUUUGUAUUGUAAGGCCAUCUGUCAUUGGACAAUAGAGGUCCCAAGCCACAAGAGAGGCUUGUCAGGAUUGGAUGGAAUUAAUUGCAACAACAUCUUUGUUGAAGAGCAAACAUCUCACUUCCAUCUUGACUGAUAUAAGCAUUUCUCUGAAGUUAUUUUAGGUCAUUCAUGCAAACAUGGAAGCCUAAAUCCAUUCUCUGUUAAUUGAACAGAGAGAAUCUGAUUGUAAUACAUAAAGUACAAUCAAAAUUCAAUUUUAUUUCAUCUAACUCAGAAUAGAUGACUACCUAAUAGAAGAUAGGAAGUUUCAAGAAUGUACCUUUUUAAGAUUAAACUUAACAAUUACACAACUCCUCACAGGCAUAUAUAAAACAAAGCCCACCCCCCCCCAAAAAAAAAAAAAAGAUGAUAGUAAUAAUGAUAUAAAUUCUAAUCCUUUUUUUUUUCAUAUUUCUUGCCUGUAAGCACAAUUCAUUUUUGGCAAUAAUUUGAAGUUUGCUCAUGUAAGUGAAGCAUUUGCUAUGAUAAUUACAUUGAUUGCAUUAAUUAUUUGCAAUCACAAGGUUGACUUUGAUCUGAAUACUAGAGUUCGUAUUGCUCUGAAAGAAGAAUGUGUGCAUUGAGGUUUUUCAGAAAUUGGGAACAUUACAGAAAUGAACAAAAAGUUGGUGUUUAGUCUAACUUUGCAUAAUCAUAGAUUUUUGGUAUUUGGCAUUAUUGACCACUGAAAUAGUCAGUUUAGCAAUUGUAAUAUACCAUACCUCUUUAGAAAAGUUGAUAUUUUACCAAAUUUUUGUGUAAUGAAUAUGUUGAUUUUUUAUUGACUUCUACAAAGUGGCCUUUUAGAGAGCCAAAAUGACAAACAAAGAUAUUUGUAAUGCAAAACCAAUGAUCAAACGCAUCUCUUUAUUUUUGUUGUAAAUAGCCUUAUCUAAAAUAAUUUAUAUGAUAUUCAUUAAAUUUAAUCAUGAUAUAUGAAUCUCGUUGCUACGUAGGUACAUGAUUAGAAGACAGGAUUAGUUCUGAUGGAAUGAUGAUUAUAAAUAUAUUGUUUGCUCAUAGUCCCAAGAGAUAGUAUUUCAUUAGCAGUACUUUGUGUCAACUAGGCCUGAGCAAACUUCCACACAAAUAGAAACUAGUGCCAUUUGAAUAUGAAGAUAUUUUUAUAUGAUGAUGGUGAUUUUGUGACAAUACAUGUAAUUAUCUAGAGUUUAAACUUUGGCUUGGAGUCUAGGAUGGGAUUGACAAUUUAUAUCAUGUCAUUUGUAAUAUUUUGCUUGAAUAACCUCUGUUUAAAUUUGCAGCUACCAAAGUAAUUAAUCCCACUGAAACUAUCUGAUUUAUCAUGUUUAUAGGGAAUUUUUUGUGAAUACACCCACAAUUUUAUCUAUUUACACUGUAUGAAUUAAAAAAAAAGUGAAAAAUUAUACACAAAUAACAACUCCAAAACAAACUUUUGAUCAGAUCAUACAUUGUGAAGGAUUACUAAAUAUGACAUUCAUAUUUGAUGUAAUUCUGUUUAAUAAUUGGUUUUAAUUGUUUUGAAAUUAAAUGAUUAUUUAUAUUUAUGUAUAUAAAAAUUAAUUCUAAGGAUAAGUGCAAUAGUAUGUUAUUGAAUCGAGAUGCUGGGCAUCUCAUGUAUUUAUGUUUUGUUUUGUUUUCCUUUAGUUUUCCUUCUUUUUUUUUAUCUCAUCUUCUAUCAUAAACAUUUUUUUUUUUUUUAGUUUCAUAUUAAUUCAGCAAAAUCCAGAGAUGAUUUUUCAACUCUUAAACAGUACUGUGUUUUUUCUAAUAUUUCAAAUGAUUUGUUUUCACAUUUUGCUUUCCUUUUUCGUUUUUAUGCUCUUUAAUUUUGUAAAUGAGGAGAGACUUGUAAACCCACCUACAUAAACAUAUUACUAGAUUAAAGUGUACCAAUCAUUGAUAAAUAUAUAUAUGUGUAUAUUUUCAGUGAAGAGAAUCAAAUUUAAUAAAACUGAUGCAGCUGUAUAUGAGCUAAUAGAUAAUGGAUAUGAAGAAAAUUAGAGAAAAAUACGAGUCUUAAAUGAAACUAGAGUUCCAUGCAGUUCCAUGUUUGUUACACUUUAAUCCUUUAACCCUUUGACUUUUGGAACUGGAUGAUCCUUGUUCAAAGUCUGUGGGAAAGACAGAAUUUGGUAAUGAGCAGGUUAAGAGGAACUUUAUCAGCUCUUGGGGCAAGUGCUUGAAAUCAUUCCCCCCCCCCCAUUACAUUUUUUUACCUAGGUGCUCAAACUUAACUUAGCCAUAAUUACUUCAUUUUUUGUUCAUCAGAUUACACUUUUCAAGAAUUGAAAAAAAAAUUGAAUUAGGUGUUCUUUCUUCUUCUUUUUUUUUCCUCUUAAAAACUAGCCCCAAGAGCACAUGCCCAUUUCCCCCCACACAUUUCCUCCGUUUACAGUGUAUUUGCCAUUGCUUUUACUAGUCUGAGCAUUAAUGAUUUUUAAGUUAUGCCUUAGCAGGCUGUAGGAUGUUUUAAGAUGAUAUCUUACUAUUGAUUUUUAAAAAUGUCUCGGACAUUGUGUAUAUUUCUAUUUUGCAUUUGUAAAAUAAAAUUGAACAAACUUUGA